UUUCCCAAACUUGCUUAGUGCUAACCAUUUAGAACGGAAUAGUUGCUUGCUAUUGCGGCGGGGAAACCCUGUUUCGCCGCGAAGCCGAAGAACGUCGACGGGGCGGCUAAAGGACUGACUAUUUUCCAUCUUCGAAGCGGCAGAAAAGAGCGUCUGCAGGACGAAUUCGGUAGUCGCUAGUUCAUCAAUUUCUUCACUGAUUUUCCUGCAUUGUAAUGAUAUGUUAUUCAUUUUCAAUUACUACUAUAGAAUAGGAAGAAGGCAAAUCAGAGUCCAUGAACUGAAUUACCUAAAUAAGUUUCAGAAAGGGGGUGCCAAUUUUGCUUUUGUUGUGAAUGGAGUUGUCUAUAAAUGCUUCGAUCGUUUUACUUCACAGCCUAUCGCAUGUAGUGAAGUUGGCGCAUUUUUCUCGUCUUCCUCUUGGAGAGAUUCGAGUUUCGGCUGUAGUUCAAGAACUUACUGCAGUGAUACUCAUGGUAGAAAUAAUGGGUUGGAUGAUGCAAAUGACGAAUUACAGAAAACUGAUUUGGAGGAUUCCGGAGAUUCGAGUUUCUUCGAAAAUCCUAAUGAGGAUUAUGAAAAGGAUCGGCACUUUCAGUUCGGUGAUGAUAUAGAUGCUGAAGAAUCUAAUGACGAAGAAGAUGAAGGUGGGGAUGUUGAUGAUGCCGCUGAUAUUUUGUGGCCUAAUUUGUCAAAUAAAAAUCAUGGACAAGGAAAUGAUUUCAAAAGAGUUGAAAUCGGUGAGGAUGUAUUUCGAUCUCCCUCAGUGAGAGAUACUUGUAAACUGAUCCAGCUAAGUUCCUCUUGGAAUCGGAAGUUUGAAGGGGAAUUGAGGCAUUUAGUUAGAAGCCUAACUCCCGUGCAGGUAUGUGCUGUUUUGCUCUCUCUGGAAGAUGAAAGACUUUCUUUGCGCUUCUUCUAUUGGGCAGAUAGAUUGUGGCGGUAUAGACAUGAUUCAUCUGUGUACUUAGUGAUGCUUGAGAUACUGAGUAGGACCAAAUUAUGUCAAGGUGCUAAACGGGUUCUUCGACUUAUGACUCGUAGAGGAAUUCAGCUUUGGCCUGAAGCUUUUGGUUUUGUAAUGGUGUCAUAUAGUCGGGCAGGAAGAUUGAGGGAUGCAAUGAAGGUCUUGACCUUGAUGCAGAGGGCAGGUGUAGAACCUAAUCUGUCUAUUUGUAAUACUGCAAUCCAUAUUUUGGUGGUGGGCAAUGAGUUAAAGAAGGCAUUGAGGUUUGCAGAACGUAUGGUUCUUAUUGGCAUUGCUCCAAAUGUCGUGACUUAUAAUUGUUUGAUCAAGGGCUAUUGUAACACGUAUCAGGUUGACCAAGCCAUGGAAAUGAUUGAUCAAAUGCCAUCUAAGGGAUGUUCCCCAGAUAAAGUUAGUUACUAUACUGUCAUGGGAUGUCUCUGUAGAGACAAAAGGGUGAAUGAAAUUAGAGAAUUGAUGAAGAAAAUGCAGACGGACAGUAACUUAUUACCAGAUCAUGUUACUUACAAUUCUCUAAUCCAUAUGCUUUCCAAGCAUGGCCACGGUGAUGAGGCUCUAGAGAUUCUUAGAGAAGCAGAAGCAUUGCGAUUUAAGGUUGACAAGGUUGAGUGUAGUGCAAUAGUUCAUGCAUAUUGCAGGGAAGGAAAGAUUAAUAAGGCAAAAGAGCUUGUUGGUGAAAUGUUCUCCAACGGCUGUGCUCCAGAUGUUGUAACAUACACCUCUGUCCUUGAUGGGUUUUGUCGCAUAGGGAAACUUGAUCAAGCAAAAAAGAUGAUGCAACAGAUGUAUAAGCAUAACUGCAAACCUAAUGCUGUAACAUAUACAACAUUGCUAAAUGGUCUUUGCCGCAAUGGUAGAUCCUUAGAAGCUAGAAAGAUGAUGAAUAUGAGUGAGGAAGAGUGGUGGACACCUAAUGCAAUUACUUAUAGUGUUGUAGUUCAUGGGUUACGUCGGGAAGGGAAAUUGAAUGAAGCGUGCGAUUUAGUCAGGGAGAUGAUUGGAAAAGGUUUCUUUCCAAAUCCAGUUGAAAUUAACUUAUUGGUGCAAUCUCUUUGUCGGGAUGGGAAACCACAUGAAGCUAAUCAGUUACUGAAGGAGUGCAUGAACAAGGGUUGUGCUGUUAAUGUAGUCAAUUUCACCACUGUCAUUCAUGGAUACUGUCAGAAAGAUGAUUUGGAAGCAGCACUGUCAUUGUUAGAUGAUAUGUACCUUUGCAACAAGCACCCUGAUACCGUGACAUACACAACUUUAAUUGAUGCACUGGGCAAGACUGGCCGUAUAGAAGAAGCCACAGAAUUUACAAUGAAGAUGCUGAGGCAAGGGUUGGUUCCUUCUCCUGUUACAUACAGAUCUGUCAUCCACCAGUAUUGUCGAAAAGGCCGGGUGGAAGAUUUGUUGAAGUUAUUGACGAAGAUGCUUGCAAAAAGCAGAUUUCAAACAGCAUAUAAUUUAGUAAUUGAGAAACUAUGUAAAUUUGGAUACCUUGAGGAGGCCAACAGCCUUUUAGGUGAGGUUUUGAGAACAGCUUCAAGAACUGAUGCUAAAACUUGUCAUGUGCUUAUGGAGAGUUAUUUAAGUGCUGGAAUUCCUAUGUCAGCAUAUAAAGUUGCUUGUCGAAUGUUCAAUAGAAACCUACUUCCUGAUUUAAAGUUAUGUGAGAAGGUUAGCAAGAGACUUCUCAUAGAAGGAAAUUUGGAGGAGGCCGAUAGGCUUAUAUUAAGGCUGGAAAGAAGAUCUUCGCUGUUCCAUUUUCUUUUGGCCCUUCUCUGGGUCCUUGUGACCCACUGCCCACGUCUUGCCCACAUCUCCUGAAUAAAGUGGUUGGUCCAAUAGGAUCAAGUUUGUCUUUUGAUACAAUUGCUUGUGAUAAUUCCAAUGUAAAAGGGAAAAGAAAAUCAUUAAUGCUAUAACUACCUGUUGUUGUGACGUCGACUGCUAUAAGUACGGGUUUAAGCUUAAACAUUAACUGCUGUGGGACUUCUUUUUAAUGACUUUUUUCUUCUCUAAAUGCUAGGUUGGGUACUAGAGUGCUCUUUUGAAAGAUCCCUAAUGUUGGUUGGGGGCCAUGAGAUCAUUGGUGACGGGUGAGGAGUUUUCCUUUUCUAAUGUAAUCAGACAGUAUGUCCACUAGGCCGCUAUUUUGGUUCAUAGAAAGGCAGCCAGGUGCUUCACAAAUAUUUAAAGGUGAGAAACUGGAAAUGAUCUCAGUCCAGAAGAGCAUGUAGGAAUAUUGGUUGUUACCCUUUCUGCGCUUGUCUCCCAUGUCAUUGUUAUACCUCUAUGCAAACAAAAUAACAUUAUCCCAGUCAUAAAAUUCUCAUCUAUCAUGUUCACAAGUUAACGGUAAGUGCAUAUGAAUUGUCAGUAAGUCCCGUCAGUUUCUUCUUCAGCAACGGAUUUUUAGUUUCUAAUUCUACAAGGUGAAUUUUUAUUUUCCUGGUGGGUAUGCCAUGGAGGGCUUAAUACGGUUGUUGGCUACAAAAGCGUUGUCAGCAUAUGGCUCUUGCCUUGUUGGUAUCUGUUCGGUGGAAAAUCAAAGUAUCUCAAGACCAUUUACUGUUCUUGUGCUUAUUCAGGAAGAAGUUAUUUAGAAUACACCUCCUAUGCUUCAAUCUUUGCUUACGUUUUAUUCUUUUCGCCCAAGGAUAAUAUGAUGCAAUUAUUGAGGGGACAAGGAAAAGCUAAGAUCAUUCGAGUUUAUGUGAUUGAAUCAAUUUCUUGGAUUCUUUGCUUGGAGAGAAACCGUCAAAAUUUACAUUGACGGGGAAGAACUUGGAAAGUUAUGUCCCUAAUCAAAUGCAUAUGAUUUGAUGAUUUAUUAUGUUCAAUAUUACACUAUUAUUAGUAGUAAUUAAUUUCCAUGGGAGUUCAUUCUGUAAGCUCCUGAUGUGGAAGUGUAGUUUUUUUCACUUAGCCUUUGAAUACCUCAAUGAAAAGGAGGAAAAGAAAAAAGAGAUUGGCUAUUAUGGAGAAUAUCACAACUUGUACCAAUGAUAACUUGUGCUGAUUUGUGUUCUGGAAUUUAGCUUUGCAUUAGUAUACCUUUUGAUUGGUCUUCAUAGAAGUUGACCAGAGUUUGAUCUUAGACUACCAUCACGUCAUCAUCAUUUUUUUUUUUAAAAUAAAAGAUUGUUAUUUAUGUAUUUUAUUAUGCUUAGAGUCUACUCUUGAAAGGCAUAUGAUACUGAAUUAAGCUCGUUUUUCUUUAUAUCAGGUGUAACAGAAAUAACGCCCUACUCUCCUGGUGAUUCCACUCUCCAGCAAACAAGACAAACUUCUUACUUCAAAAAGCAUAGGGAGCAGCAUGAGUCAUCAAAGAUAAUGGCCAGGUGUCUCUAUUUUUCUUGUAUUAUGAGGAAUUGAAGUGCUGCAACAACUGGACUGGAAGGGCAAGUUCUGGCAUUCAAGCCACACACAUACAUAUAUCAUAUGUCCCAACGUUAACUUUUUCAACAGCAAAACCUUUUCUCAAGCUGUGAACAUGAGAGCCACAAAAUCCAAAGGUAUCAGUAAUGCAUAGAUUGAAAGAGGAAUGAUUAUAUGAUUUGUUGUAAAGUUUGUAAAGAAAGGGAGAGUUUUGAGGCAAAUGAAUGUAUAAAAGCACGCAAUGUCUGCUAUGAAGGUAUCAUGAUGCACUCUUGGUCUCGCCUCCCA